AUGCAGGACCUUGCUUGGAGAGAAACCCGACCUGGUCGCUGGGAGCGACCUCAAAGCUACCUCGAGAAGAUGAACAUCCUCACCCGCAAUGUUCCAAAAGCUUUCGGUCGUGAUAACUGGGCCAAGAACGCAGUCGCCAAGCUCAAGUUUGAUCCCUCAGUGAAAGAUCCUGCCGAAUACCUACGAACUGCAUGGAUACAAGUUCGCUACAACCAUCCUGAGAUCGCGGCUUUCCCUCACAACGGCAACUAUGUGUACCGCAUUGGAGACGACGUAUCCAUCGCCCUCUGGGUAUCAGCCACCUUUUCGGUUGUCGAAGAUAAGACAGUAGACGAGUUGUUGGGUCGCAUCCCACGAAACGAACAAAUGCAGUGUUACUACCUCUCCAAGACUAGUGAGGUAUUGGUCUGGUCUCCACACUACCGCGUUGAUGCUCGAGGUGCCAUCUUCUGCCUCAACCACUUGAUCGAAUCAAUAGCGAACCUGGACUUCACCCUUGUCUUUGGUGGAUGUGCAAAGAACCUGACCCCAAGCAUGGAAUCCACCCUCGGUCUCCAAAACAAACCGACACCGGAAAUAGAGGCUGCCGUCAAGAAGCGCAUGGAUGCUUUGAAGCCCCACAGACCAGUCCUUGACAUGACCCCAACUAUCUCGUCCGCUAGACCCGGCUACAGCCAAAGAUAUGUUAUCAAAAUGUCUAGCAGCGAGACCACCGAAAUCAUCUCCAGCUGCGCGAACGCCAACCUCGCCAUCGACGUCGUGCUGCACUCUGCCCUCAUAAACUCCGUCGCCAAAAUGGUGCCCACCACCGAAUCCCGCAGUUUCAUGGCGUCGUUCCACUCCAACCUCCGCACACUCAUCCCCGAAGGCGCCGCGCCAAAAUACUCUCCAAUAAGCUAUACUAGCGUCAUCACCACCGAAGUAAAAGUCUCUCCGAAAACGAACUUCGGAUCGUAUUACAACGAGCUCGCGCCCGUUUACGCAAAAGGCUACGCACCAUACCUGAAUUCUUCAAGUCUCUUCCACGAGCGCCUGGCAGAGGAACUAUACGCCCCGGAAUCCCCCAAGGGCGAGACAGAAAACCAGCUGCAGCCUCGCUUCGCAUACCUCGGCACUGUCGACGAGCAAGUAGCCAAGCGCGUUGGCAACGGCCUGGUCGAAGUCACAGACUUUUGGCUGGGUGCGGAGACGCUGACGAUGCGCAUGAUGGUGCAUACGUGGAUCUGGAAUGGCGAGCUGAAUCUGAGCGUCACAUUCAAUGAGAGCUAUUGGGACAGGGCGACGGCGGCGACGCUGCUGGACGGUAUGCGGGAUACGUUGAUUGAGUUGGCGCGUGAGCCGAAGCAGAUGAUGCCGAGUGCGAAUAAGUUUCCUUCGUUGUCGAAGAUGAUGAGGGCGGUUGCGAUUUAG